AUGGCGAAAACAAUUAGGAAAACCGGGCAAACCUCUGGGAAUGUGCCAAAUCAACCACCUUUACAAGGUGUAGCAGAGGAUGAGCCACAGCAAAGGGAGAUUGAUCGGCAGCGCCAAGAACUGAAUGGGUGGCAAGCUGACAUGGACCACCAAAAAAGGGACGCCACUGCAGCCUUGGAAGCAGCCAUUCAACAGGCACGAGGACAGCCUGCACUUGUCUCCCAACCAGUUCAGCCACCUAGCACUCACCCUCAAGAAAAUCCACAUACAGAGCAUCCCCAACAAUACCAUAAUCCACCGCAACCAAGGAAUCCUCAAAGGCCAGAGCAACCCUCUGCUGCUCAACAUGAGAGGUCGGUCUAG